AUGAGUGACGCACUUGCCACACGUCCCUCCAAGCGGCCCCGCAUCUCGUAUGGCGAAGGCCAAGACGACGACGACGCAACGUCAACCCCCGCCAGCAACACCCAACAUGACAACAUCAGUGACAUGACCGAAGCGGAGCCCGCGCGCAUUGGCAGCAACAGGCGCCGCACCUGCGGCUGGGCCGACCUCCCUGGAGAACUUCGCAACCAGAUAUACGAGCUCUGCCUCGUGCCAUCGACCUCUCCAAUCGGCGUUCGCUCCGUCGAACGCAAGGGAAUGAAGAACAGACUGAAGUGGAUGGAAAUGCGCCGCCAAUCGCCGACAGAUUCGAGAUGGCCAGAACUGCGGAAACUCCGUCCCACAUUAAACCUUCUGCGUAUCAACAAAGCUACCUAUGCCGAAGGCAGCACCUACCUCUACUCAAAUGAGUUCUACUUCUUCACGUCGAAGGACCUCUCCAUCUUCCUCAAACACAUGUCAGCGGCACAGAAGCUCGUACUUCGGAACAUUUCCCUGGAGAUUCCAUCGCUGGAAGACGCUAUUAGCAUGGGAUGCGGCCUCGGGAUUCAUGAGCAGAGCAACUUCAUCCUGUCCGGGCUUCAACGGCUUGAGGGGGCGAUAAACCUGAAGACGCUGCAGCUGAUCUUGGUUGACAGCCUGUGGAGCGUGAGGUUAGCAUCGGAAUGGAGUCUGGAAUGGCUUGCAGCGGAGGUGUACAAGAAAGCUCACCGUUGGCUGCAAGCAAUCAGUGCUCAGAAAGGCAGCAGUGAAAAGGCCGUGGAUCUAAUUAACGUCAAAGGCAUUUCCAGACCUUUGUAUUCAAGCGAUAGUAAAUUGUGGCGUUACCUUUACAAGGGAUUCGCGGAGUCGAAUUCUGAAGAUACCUCAUUGCUGCGGAAAGAGCUGGUGAAGCGCAUGCAGUGA